GUGAGACUUGUAGUCCUGGUUGCGCCGAUUGGGUCGAAAUCCGAUCUUUUCAACUCUUUGCCACCGAAUCUCUCUUUGCCAACUUCAGUUGAGGAUUAGGGGCCAUUAUCCUGACCUCCCGGAUUUUCAUCUACGUUCAGUCCAACCCGUUUCUGUAGCCAACCUCAUAGGUGCACUGUGCAGGCCCAGAACUAGCCCCAAAGGGGAAAACGAGAGGGUUCUUUUGAACAAUUCGCCGACUACUUACGAAGCUCUAAUAAUGGAGAUAGGUGAUGGUAGUCUGGUGUCGAAUAUGAAGAGGAAAUCAUCACCAGGAAGCCCGCGUAGGCCAUCUUCUAAGAGAACGAAGAAAUCCGGGCUUCAGAUCAGCAGUCUACCCAAGGAUAUUUUGAGCUCCAUCACAUCUAAAUUGCCAUUGAGAGAAGCUGCAAGGACAAGCAUCUUAUCCAGCCAGUGGAGGCGUAUUUGGUUGUGCCGCGCCAAUAUCGAUCUUAGUUGUCACACCGUGCUUUCGCAGUCUGCCAAGACACUAUGCCGGAUUACUGGUGGAAAUCGAAUCGACAGGGGCAAGUUUAUUAAGGGUGUUGGUGCGGUUCUCCAACAGCAUGAGGGUGUAGGGACCGACACCAUCAGAAUCAGCUAUGGACUCUGUGGUAGAUACGCGCAUCAUAUUGAUGAAUGGGUGGAAUAUACUAUUGCAUCAAAGGCAAAGGGUCUUAUUCUUGAUUUACAGUCUGCGAAUUUUGGGACAGCAGUAGUACGAUAUGAUUUCCCUCUUCAAAUGCUUGAUACGAACAAGAACUCAAACUUGCGCCAUCUGGAGCUUCAUUUUCUUUCCUUAAGCCCGCCUGCUGAUUUCCGGGGAUUUCAGAACCUCACUAAGCUUUGCCUGCAAGAUGUUAAUAUUACCAAUGAAGAUGUUCAGCAUUUGCUGUCUGAAGGCAAUCAUCUAGAGUGCUUACGUAUUGCCUGCUGUAAGAUGAUAUCUACUUUAAGGAUUCCACAUUACCUGAACCGCCUUAAGUUCUUGAUUAUUCUGAGUUGCCCGUUACUUCGAGACAUAACAAUAGAUUGUGGCGUGCCAGCACUGCACUAUAUGGGCUCAUUAGUACCACUGGAACUUGCUGCUCCUUUCAAGCUAAGAAAUCUCUGGAUUGAUUUAUCGACUCGCCAUUCUGCUUUAGGAUUCAUCUCCAGUGAACUUCCCACAACAAUCCCUCAUCUCGAGUCACUCACGUUACAUUGCAGUCAAUUUGAGAGGGCUGAUGUGGUGAGCAGGCUUCGCAGUUUUUGUUCUCUGCGUCAUUUGAUAUUAUACUUGACUGUUUUUGACCUGCCACGACACACAAUUGAUAUCCUCGACCUUGGUUAUCUCCUAGAGGCUGCUCCUUCCGUGGAAAAGCUAGAAUUGCAUAUGGUAAUGUACUGUUUACACAAGCGGUAUUCUCAUGAAGAUGGCGAAUUGCGGAGUCUUCCUUCAUGCCCUCACUCACAUCUCAGUUUGGUAAAUAUAACUGGAUUUAUCGGUGAGAAAGAUCAACUAGAGCUGGCACUUCAUAUUCUCCAUAAUGCUAUGGUCCUCAAAGCAUUGAGGAUUCAUCCAAGGCCGGUCACGGUUAGAUCUAUACCAGCACAUGUUAGGUCGGAACACCGUAUCGCCAAUGGUUACAGUGCUGCACUGGAAUUUCUUGCCAAAAGUGACCACGGUAAUGUGGUGGAAGUAGUUGGAGAUUUCCAUUUGCCCUCAUAAACCUCUUGCUUAGGGUUGUUUUGAGUGAUUUUCUUAAGUAAGUUGGCACUGUAGCCAGGGUUCCUAUGAUCCUACGCCCCGUGGUAACAAGGCCUGGUAUCCGGGAAUGUAA